GCUCUUCCAAAAACAUGGCGGCCUUCUAGAAUGAGUAUGGCACCCUCGAUCGCUCGUUGCAGGAGAAUAUUUUUACGAGAUUUGCCUCUGAAUUUUAAAUCAAUAUGAGUGUGAAAUACGUAAGAAAAAUGGCUCUAUUGAGAGCUAGGAUUUUUGGUGAAUUGACUCGUCAAGUAACUCCAAAGUAAGUUAAGUUUGUCCCAACAUACUUUUGCAUCGUUUGCAUUUGAAAGAGGCUGAAAUACAACCGUUGCUUUUUUCUGUUUAGAUCCUACAAAAUUGUGGAACAUUUUGCCCAGAAGCCCUUGGCAGAUAGCCUUACUACUUAUUAUCCCCCUAUAAAGAAGUUCCAAAGUCUCCUUUUUAGACUCAGACAUUAUGGAUUUUAUAGCGAUCAAUAUCUGGUAAGUUUAAAAUCAAGAUCUACCCUUCCUUGUGAAGAUUAUUUACAGCAUCAUGAAUAGUGAACUUCAAUGGAAAAUGUUCUAAAUAUUUGUCAUUAUUGAGGCCGAUGGAGGGAGAUAGUUGAGGUGGUGCUAAAAUCCUACAAGAGAAAUUCGCUUUUGUCUGAUCAAAAAGCUAGCUAGGUUUGAAGAUCGUGUUGAUUGAUAUUUUGCUAGAAUUUCCAAGAAGAAAUGGCAGCAAAACGAAAAGCAAGAGGAAAAGGUCCUCCUAAAAAGGGUGAGUAG